GGAAAGAGGAAUCAAAUUGUCUUGUGUUGCUGCUCUCUGCCAGAACUUUUCUUUACUCCCAGCCUGGAAAUCAGAAAGCUAACAGCGUCAGAAACCCACAGCCUGCCCAGCCUACUGCUCCCCAGACACCUCCUAGAGAUCCACUUUGCUGCCUUCUAAGACGACACUAAGCAGGUCUGAGAAUUAAUGCCAUCAUGGCCAGUUUUGAAGAAGCUGAAACCGAAGAAACAGUAACAUGUCUCCACAUGAUGUUUUACCAUCCUUUCCAACAGGAAAAGCAGGUGUUUCGCCACUUAAACUUCUAUAAGAGAGAACAGCUCAGAGCAGAUGAGGUGGCAAAGUUUGGCCGAGACGGUAACAUCUGCCAUUAUAUUUUAGUGGAUGCUCGUGUUUCCCGGAUUCAGUUUUCCUUGCAGUUAUUCAGAAAGCUCAGUGGCUCGGAACUGUGUUUUGAGAUCAAGAACACGAGCAAAAGGACCAAGCUGACUGUGAACAACCUGGAACUGGGCUACCUAAACAAAAUUGACUUGCCCUUAAAGUGCAUGGUUGGUUUUGGAGACUACCAGAUUCUAAUGCAUGUACAGGAAGGGGAGUCAGUGGAUUUUUUUGAGACUUUCUUGGAGUUGUCCCAGGUUUCACUGCUGCAAGAGCAAUACCUGCCCUCACUGCAGCCCAUAUCUGAGCAUGGUAUUUCUCCUUUGUUUUACUCCCAAGCUAUAAACCCAGUGGAGAAACCAGUAGAGAUGGAUGAAAAUGAAUUGUGAUGAAGGGGAGAAGGCUGGGUUCAAUGGUGUUCUCUACCUGAAAGAAUAUCAUGUUAGAGACCAAAACCCACUGUUUUGCCUUGUUUUUGAUGGUUUUUACACCUAGGCUUUCUAAUCCUACACACACUCUUAACUCAAAUAUAUCAGAAUGCACACAUCUACAGUAUGAUCAGGUUUGUAUUUCCCUGUCUCCUCCCACGCACUACAUUUUAGCCUCAUUAUCUGUGUCAGUUGAAAGGUUCAUGGCAGCAGGUCCAUUUGAAGGACUAACAGCUCCAAUGUUUGAGAUAUUUCAAGUAGUGUGAGAGAGAGUGUGCGUGCGCGUGCACAGGUGUAGUAAAUACAAAGCACAACACAAAGUUCUCUCUUUGUACUUACUCAUACUAUACUUAACAUAGCUAUAGUGUGUAUUAAUAAGUUUCAUAUUGAUGUGCAGUCAGUAUGCAGGAUGAGAUCUCUUACCAAUCCUAAUCUGUUCUUUUCCAUGCUUUGACAUAUUUUAUGCAUAUUUUAUGCAAAUAAACUCUAAUUGAAAUA